GAACCGCUCCCCUUUUCCUGAAUCUGACAGAGUUUGAGCUUCUCGUUCGGUCGCGUUUCUGAAACCGCAGCGCUUUUUACUUUUAUCUCGAAGAUCCGAGGCUUUGGGAGGUGGAGGAGCGUUUUUUUUAUCUGGAGGAUCUACACACCUUGUCAGGUCAUGGCGGACAUCAACAAGGGGAAGAAGGUGUUUGUCCAGAAAUGUUCCCAGUGCCACACGGUGACGGACGCAGGACGCCACAAGGUCGGACCCAAUCUGUGGGGUCUGUUUGAAAGGAAGACGGGACAGUCACCUGGCUUCUCCUACACACAGGCCAACGUCAAUAAAGGUAUCAUAUGGGAUGAGGAAACUCUGGAUGUCUACCUUCAGAACCCUAAGAAGUACAUUCCUGGUACCAAGAUGGUGUUCAACGGGCUCAAAAAGAAGAAGGAAAGACUGGAUAUUAUAGCGUAUUUAAAGGACGCCACCUCCUAAUGCCCUGAAAACACAAAACACUCAAAAGCAUUGCACUGUACAUUUAGGGGCGAAACAAUGUGUUCUUUGAUUUAAUUUUGAAUUCACAAUAGUUUUUAAAUAAAUACCCCAUUGUUUUUGUGUGCAGGAGACUGUUUUUAAUUAUGUUAUGAAUCAGCCUUCCACAGGUCUUCCACAGAAACAAUUUCAUUAUGUUACAUGUUAUGUCCCUUGUACUGUGUUCUUCAAGUGUUUGUUUUAAAUGGUCCUGGGCUGUCUAUUGUAUCUCCUCCUCAUUUGUACCAACAGGUCGGUGGAAUUGCUUUUAUUGCUAUAAAGUUACACUUUAAAAUGAGUUUUGUGUGUUUUUAUAUAAUGAUUUCUCUAUAGGAAUACAUAAUAAUGAAGUCAAACCAUUUUUUUAUUAUUUCCUGUUGUUUCCAUUGUGGUUUUUUUGGGGUGAAGAAGUUGCAUACUAACAAAUAUCUAACCAUGGUCUAAUAAUAAUAAUAAUAAAGUGCUUAUUUACAUGGUGCUCUUGUUACUUUUUGAGACAUUGCGUGAAUCGAUAAAUAAAACAUAAAACAUUCUUCUGCUUCAGCAAAUUAAUUCAGUGUGUCAUUUGUUCCCACAUUGAUUCAUUCCAUUUUGAAAGGACUUAUAUUUGUAUUCAUUUCAGUUACUCAUUGUGUGUAUCUUAUUGCCAUUAAAUUUUACGACAAUUAGGUACACCUUACGCCAUGGA